GCUCAACUUUGGACAACCUUACUUCCAAGAAUAAACUGUCCAAGAACAACCUGUCAAAAACCUGGUGCCCCAUUUCCAAGAAUGAAGUGUCCAAGGAAAACCUACCAAAAACCGCUGCUGUAAUGCUAGAGCCCCUUCUCAAUACCCCAUGUGAGUUGGGUCCCAAACUUGACAGUACACCUACAUGUGAUAUGAAGCUACGUGACCCAAGCACUGCGGGACAUAAAAAGUCAGAGGUAGACCAUGAUGUUUUGGAUUUAUCCCCAGAGCCUAAGGGAAAUGAACUUGCACCUCAAGAAGCUAUGGAGAUUAACCUCACUGCCAUUUUUAAAGAGGACAAUCCCCAAACUCAGGCUCUAAAUGUUCAAUGUGAUGUUCUUACUGAUAGCCACAAUGACGUGCAGAAUUCUAGUGUCCUAGCCACAAUGACGUGCACAAUCCCAAUACAUCAUGAAGAACUGUCUGAGACUACUAACACUGAAGCUAAUGCUGCAGUUUCAAAUGAAGUAGAUGAGCAAUCAGAAGCUGAGGGUAUCACAAACUGUUUUGACUUCAACACUACAAAAGACACCAAGGAUGAGCACUCAAUCCCUGACUCUGAAGUGGGUUCUGUGGCAGCCCAAUAUGAAAUGGAAAAUCUAACUAAGGCAGCAGCUCUGGAACAUACACAAGAACAAUCAAAUGAGGAAAGCAUGGAUGGUAUGACUGCACAAAAUGCUAGGUAUGUAGGAAAUACAAUCAUCUUGGAUGAAUUUCCGGUACUCACAAGACAGAAUAUUGAGGAGGAUGUACACAUUCCAACCGAGAAUGUGGAGGCGGUUGUACACACUCCCACCGAGAUAGAAAAGGAUGACACAACAGGGACUCCAACUCUGAAGGCUGAAGAUGCAACAAAGGAAAACACAAUACCAAACAACUCUGAUGUUAACCCUGCCAACAUUGGACCGAUCCUCCACUCUUUUGAGCAUGAAGGUCAACUUUAUGAAAUUAGGUCUCACAUUGAGGAAGGACAAAUGUCAAACCACAAUGAUGAAAACCACACAACUCAUGAAUUCCAAGAAGUCCAGAAUAGAAGAAGUAGAAAGAAGCAAGCUAUGCCGAGGACCAUCAAAACCAGAAGCUAUGAUCCUAAUCUCGAAGUCGACACUGUGAGCGAGAUCACGAGAUACUGGCCCAGUCGCAAAUCUACUACUAUGGAGAAAAUAGUUACUACCAAAACUUAUUCUGGACCCUUUUGUUCUAGAGGGGCAUUGGCCUAGUCCUCCAUUCUUUGUACUUUUCUCUUUUUACAUUUUAAUAAAAUAUCUCCUUUCAA